ACUCUGCGGAGGGAAGAAGAGAAUGAAAUAGCUUGAACAAGAAGCCGGGAUCAUGGCGGCACCGCUCGUGCGGGACACUCUACCUGACCACUGGUCCUAUGGAGUCUGUCGAGAUGGCAGGGUCUUCUUCAUCAAUGAUAAAACUCACAGCACUACUUGGCUCCAUCCCCGUACGGGUGAACCUGUCAACUCUGGACACAUGAUACGAUCAGAUUUACCACUGGGAUGGGAAGAAGGAUUCUCGGACGAGGGGGCCAGCUACUUCAUUAACCAUAACCAGAUGAGCACGUCGUUCCGACACCCUGUGACUGGACAGAUAUCUCCAGAAAACACUGAAUAUAUGCUCCACGACAAGACAGAGUCCCGGGGCAUGUCCAAGCCACCGCCACCACCCAGUCAGAGGCCCCCCAGUAUGGUCAGCCAGACUUCCAAGGCUGUGACCUCAUCAACAGUGGACACCACCUCAGGGUCAAAGGGCUCCAGGAGUAGUGGCAAGGUACACAGCUUCGGCAAGAGGGACCACGCCAUCAAGAGGAACCCCAAUAUCCCUGUGGUGGUCAGGGGAUGGCUCUACAAACAGGACAGCUCUGGAAUGAGACUGUGGAAGAGGAAGUGGUUUGUGUUGUCCGACUACUGCUUGUUUUAUUACAAAGACAGCAGAGAGGAGACAGUCUUGGGGAGCAUCCCUCUGCCCAGUUAUGUCAUCACCCCUGUGGAGCCUGAUGACCACAUCAGCCGCAAGUAUGCCUUCAAGGCGAGCCACACAGGAAUGCGCUCCUACAUUUACAAUAAGAACUCUGUGAUUGGCUCGCAGGCAGAGCACUGUGGGAUGAGGACGUACUUCUUCAGUGCCGACACGCAGGAGGACAUGAAUGGCUGGAUCCGAGCCAUGAACCAGGCUGCUCUCAUGCAGAGUCAAGGCAUCAAGAGAGAGGCAGUCACAGAGAGACCAGAAAUGUCAGUGCAGGAGGCAGUACCACAGACCAACCACGUUAACAACAACAACACCAGAAAGAGCCCCUCCCAGUCGCGGCCUGAGAGAGAGAAGCCUCCGGAGGGGGAGAUCCGACUGACCCAGGGGGACGAGGAGAGGAACGUGUUGGAGGCUCCUAGAAAGCUCAGCCAUCCAGCCACGGAGGUAGUGGUAGAGGUGGACAGGCUCUCCCCAGACUCUCUCCCUGGCCCCUCACACCCCAGGAAUGGCCAGGCCCACACGGUCCUCGCGACGCUGCCCCCUGAGCAGAAUGGGAACGUGGUGUAUAAGAGGGGCUUUGUCCCACGGACAGCCACAGAGAAGCAGGUGCAGAGGAAGACGGCUCUGACUCAGGUGGAGCACUGGGUCAAAGUACAGAAGGGAGAUCCGAAGAGCAACACAUCUACUACUGAGUACGCCCUCCCUCUCCCUCGGCGGACCCCUCCCCUGCAGCCUAAGGCCGUGGUAGUAGAGGCCUACCAGACGUUGCCAAAGACCCCCAGACUUCCGUCCGGCGGGAGCUCCCCUUCGGCGCCCCGCAACCUGCCCAGCGACUACAAAUAUGCUCACGACCGGCUCAGCCACUUCCGCAUGUCCACCGAUGAACGCAUGGCCACCAAGGAGGGCAUGGUAUGGCAGCUGUAUGAGUGGCAGCAGCGCCAGCAGUUCCGCCACGGCAGCCCCACGGCGCCCAUCUACACCGGGCCAGACUUCCUGGACACGGCCUCCUUCAGGGUCACCGUGGAGAUGCCUCGCUCCAUCUCUGUGCCCCCUUCCCCCUGUGAAGUCCCCCCGUCUGUCCCCACCUUCAAACCACUGUCCCCACACAGGCCACACACCCCCUCAGACAGGGUGACGGUCAGGCCGCUGGAUGAGGUGCCACCUGGGGAGUCCUCCACCGGCUCCAGUUCUCCUAGACGGGUGUGUUCUCAGCUCUCUAAGACUAGUCAGAUCGAGAGACUGUCAAUGCCAGCCAUGGGCUACAUCACACACACAGUCAGCGCACCCAGCUUGCAUGGGAAAACGGCUGAUGAUACUUACAUGCAACUGAAGAAGGACCUGGAGUAUCUAGAUCUGAAGGUUACAGGGCGUGAAACGCUAAAAGACAGACCAUCGAGACCUGUUAAGAUAGCAGAGAGUGAUGUUGAUGUGAAGCUAAGUCGAAUGUGUGAACAAGACAAGAUCCUUCAGGAGCUGGAAACAACGAUACGCACGCUCAAGGAAGACAAGGACAAGUUGGAGUCAGUGCUGGACGUGUCCCACCAGCAGAUGGAGCAGUACCGGGACCAGCCGGCCCACCAGGAGAAGAUAUCCUACCAGCAGAGACUACUGCAGGAGGACGUGGUGCACAUCAGAGCUGAGAUCUCUCAGGUGUCCACGGAGAUGGAGAAUGCCUGGAAUGAGUACAGCAGCCUGGAGAGAGACGUAGACUGGUUGAGGACAGCUCUGGAGGGCCAGAUGAACCGCAGUGGUCUCUCUCAGCAGGAGAAGUCCCAGAUCAAGAGGGAGUUGUGGAGGAUUGAAGACGUAAUAGCAGGCCUCAGCUCUAGCAAAGCCAAUUACCAAGUCACCAUCUCCUCUGUGACCAACCCAGGUGAGAGGAGUGCUGUGCCUCUUCCUCCGCUAGCCUCUACCCACACACACUGGAGCUCAGGACGAGAGAGAAAACUUGUGCCUUCCGUGUUGCCGUCGUCAGUGCCUUCUCUGUCUGCCAUUCCCUCCAUGGGAGAGAUGAGACUGGCCCAGCAGCACAGCCCCCACCUCAGCCCCACAACCCCCACCCCCACCUCCACCCAGCACACCACCGCAGCCCUCCCCAUGUCUGUGCCAAAAUGGGCAGAGGAGGGCGCCCCUCCCCGACCGCCACUACCUCAGCUAUACAGUCCUGAGGACCACGCCCCGGCCGUGCCCCCGCUACCCAGGGAGACCACCGUCAUCAGACACAUGUCUGUACGGGGCCUCAAACGACAGUCUGAUGAACGCAAGCGGGACAGGGAGAUUGGCCAAUACACCAACGGAGACAACAAGGUGGAGCUGCGGACCUUCCUGAGUGAACCUGAGCUGCUGGGAGUGGGAGGGUCUGGUCACAUGAGGAUGGGGGCCUUGGGGCAUGAUGGUGGCUACCAGACCUUGCCAAGCAGAGGGCCGGCUGGUUCCUCAUCCAGGCUAAAUCAGUCCACAAACAUCUCCUCUUACGUUACCCUCAGAAGAGGAGCCUCAGCCGCCUCAGGUCUGAAGGAGAGACCAAAGAGUGCCUUGGAGCCGUCUGUACUCUGGGGAUGUGCUGCAGCACUGCAGAGGAUGAAGAGGCACCAGAAGGCUCUGGUCCGCCAGCGCAAGAGGACCCUCAGUCAAGGAGAACGCCAGGCCUCUUCAUCGCGAGCUUCCUCAUCAUCAUCACAGCAACGCCCCCUUUCUGCAGACCUGGGCUCAUGGAGGCGAGAGCAGGAGUUUGACCUGCAGCUGCUGGAGCGGGCGGUGCAGGGGGAGGAGGCACGGGGCGUGGUCCAGGGUGAGGAGCGUCCAGCGGAGCACAGGGAUAGACCCCGGUCCCAGUCAGACGAGUGGCUGACCCUCCGCUCGACAGCCACGUCCACACUUACCCGGGAGGCGGACCUGGAGACGCUGGACUAUGACCUGGACCUCAGCCGAGAGCUGGCCAAACCUCAGAAGGUGUUAAUCCCUGAGCGCUACAUAGACACAGAGCCUGAGGAGCCUCUCAGCCCUCAGGAGGUGGAGGCUCGCCAUCGCAACAUGGAGCGCAUCAAGAACAUUCUGGCCAAGUCCAGUGUUCAGAUCCUGGCGGGGCCCCCUGUGGGGGUGGACAAGCCAGAGGUGGUGGGUUUGGACUCAGCCCUACAGAAGCAGGAGAGGAUCAUCACCAUGUCUUACACCCUGGCCUCAGAGGCCUCCCUCAAGAGCAAGCAGGUCGCAGUAGUACCACUGCACCCUAACAUCCCCACCGUCCCUCCUCCUCCUCCUCCGCUUCCUCCUCCUCUUCCUCCUGUCUCUCAGGCACCUCCCCCUCCUCCUCCUCUAAGCAACGGAUUUCACUUCUCGUUUGUCUAAUCAGAGCAAACAAAAAAGACAGAAAGCGGAGAAUGUUUACCACUUCACCAUGUAGUAAGCCAAAGCGGUUUCUGGACACUGAGGUGCUAUUCCAUGAUGACAAUACAACCUGGAUUCUUGAAGAAAGAAAGACUUUGUUUGAUUCUGACAGUUAGACUGUUAUACAGUAGAUGAGCGUUAGUGAACAUUUAAC